UUUGUCAGCACAAGAAAACCAAUGUCUUUUCCCGCUCCUCCUUGAAUUUCAUUUUACUUUGAUCCCUUCUUCGUCUCGAAACUAGAGGGGCAAAGUUUGUGUCUCUUCGUAUCUGUUUUGUCAAGAAAAUUCAUACAAAAGUGAAAAUUUUACAUUCUUAUUAGAUAUAUUUUGUAAAGAUGGAGGAUGCAGCAGAAAGUAGAGUAGGUAAAGUGAAAGAGAAUGAAAAGGGGAAGGGGGUUGUGGUAUUGGUGAUGGAAACCCCGGAUAGGAGCAAAAACAAUCAGACCACAACCUCCACGACCAAAUUCGAGGACUCUCCAGUCUUUGAUUUUCUCAACAGUCUUUCCCCCAUCGAACCAGUUAAGCCCAUGCACAUUACUCAGACGAUCAAUCCUCUUAGUUUUGCAUCGAUUCCAUCAGUUUUCACUUCCCCCCAUGUCAGUUCCUUGAAGCGUUCUAGAUUCCUGAGAAGGCAUCAGCUUGCAGACCCAUCAAAACCCGAGUUUUCUACAGAUGGUGGAAAGACAAUUGAUGCAAAUGAGUUAAUUCUCGAUGCUUCUAGUAAAUCAGACAAACCACAUGGAAAUCUUAAUCCGGAGGACUCUGUUGAUGAAGCAGUCAGUCAGUCAUCUUAUGAAUAUUCAAAGCUUGAUGUUGAGCUUAGUCAAAGUGUUGUGUAUGAUUCAAGAUGCCCUCACUCCAGCUUAACAUCUAGCUAUUACCUUAGUGCCAAACAUAGCACUGAAUAUGGUUGCACUUCUUCAACGUUUGCUCCAUUUAUUCAAGAGGCCUCUCAGAAAGCUUUUUAUGCAACUGAGGAGAAUGAGGAGGGCGUUGACCAAAUUGAACAGGAUAAAGAGGCCACAGGAUGUGACUGGGAGAGUUUUAUUUCCAAUGCCAGUGAUAUAUUAAUUUUUGAAUCGCCCAUUAACACAGAGUCUUGCAAGAAAUCAGCAGAAUCUGGUGAAAGUUUCUACGCUAAUGUUAGUAAUAAUGUGCAGAAUAAACUCUCGUUCAGUGCAGCAGGUUCGAGUGAACAAGUUGGAGAGGGAAGUGGUAGUGGAAUUGAAAAACUAUCCAAUCAACUUGGAGAAGGAAGCGAGCUGAAGGAAAUUGCUAAGACCCAUGACAUAGUUACGGGUUCUUCUACGAGCAAUCAGAGUGAGAACAUGGAUAAUGAGCCUGAUUCUGGUUUGCAUCGUGGGGUGAGAAGGCGCUGUCUGGUUUUUGAGAUGGCGGGAAACCUCAAAAAGCAUUUGGACGAGAAUUCAGCUUCUGAUUCUUAUCUGUUGAUGCAAUCUGAUGGCAACACUUCAUCCGGCAAUGGGCAACUAAUUCGUACAAAAGAUAGAAGCGAUUCUUCGAAGUGUGUUUUGGCGGGCAUUGGCUUGCAUUUAAAUGCUCUCGCAACAACUCCAAAGGGGUAUAAAUUUGUUGCCAAGUUUCGUAGUCCAGCUCCCCAAGAAGAAUUGAUAAACAAUUCUUCGGCUGUUAACUUGUUGGAAAGAGAAACUAGUACUGUUGAAAAUGGUUUCCCACCUGUGGAAGAUGAUUCCCAGGCAUCUGGAUGUAUAGUUAAUGAAGAGAUCACUCAUAGUAGUCCAAAGAAGAAAAGGUCUAAAUUGGAACAAGUCAGCGAGGGUGAAGCCUGCAAGCGAUGUAACUGCAAGAAAUCAAAAUGCUUGAAACUUUACUGCGAAUGUUUUGCUGCCGGUGUCUACUGCGUGGAGCCAUGUUCCUGCAUGGAUUGCUUCAAUAAGCCUGUCCAUGAAGACACUGUCCUUGCAACACGCAAACAGAUUGAAUCCAGAAACCCACUUGCUUUUGCUCCCAAAGUGAUUAGAAGCUCUGACUCUUUAUGUGAAACUCAGAGUGACUCCAGGAAAACACCUGCUUCAGCUCGACAUAAAAGAGGAUGCAAUUGCAGAAAAUCUGGUUGCCUGAAGAAAUAUUGUGAAUGCUACCAGAGUGGUGUUGGAUGCUCAAUUAACUGUAGAUGCGACGGGUGUAAGAAUGUCUUUGGUAGGAAGGAUGGCAAAGAAGUUGAAUUGGAAGAAGAUGGCGGAGAUAUAACUGAAAAAAGUAUGGUGGACAGGAAUUCUAAGAAAACUGCAAUCCAGAACAAUCUAGAGCAGAAUCCAGAUUCUGCUCUCCCUGCAACACUGGAUUCUGCUCUCCCUGCAACACCUUUACAGUGUCCAGGAUCUUCGGUUCAGCAUCCAUUCACCUCGAAGAACAAACCCCCGAUAUCUUUUCCUUCUACUAGGUCCUCCUUUGGAAAGACAGGCACUUUUGUAUCGCAACCCAAGUUUGAUAAGCAUUUUGAACCUGUCCCGGAACAUGAAAUGCCCAAAUUUGGUCAAGAGGGAUCUCCUAACAGUGGCAUCAAGUCAUCAUCUCCCAACAGCAAGAGAGUCUCUUCUUAUCACAGUGGAGCAGAGACGUCCCCCGAGUUGAGGAGCAGCAGAAAGUUGAUUCUUCAAUCUAUCCCAUCAUUCCCUUCUCUCACACCCAAGGAUUAAGAUGGGCAAAAGUCCUUGGAACUGCCAAGACUAAUGUUUCACUAGAUACAUUUUCACAGUUAAAGUUGAAUUACAAUAUGAACAAGAUGAAAAUGUCCUCGACUGAGUUAGCAGUCUUGACAUGAGUGUAUUAGGAAAAAAAAAUCAGUUACAUCUUUGUUGUAGUAUACCAGUUGUGUAGUUUUACUUGUAUUCACUUGAAGCUUGCCCUUCUGCUGUAUAAUAGUGUUGUCUACAUAA